AUGAGUGAAGAUGGCAGCGACGGGUCCAUUGAUAUAGGACGGCAACUACGGGAGUCUGACGAGCGGAACAAGAGGAAGAGAGAAGAAGCGGAAGCCGAGGAUUCUGAGUCGUCAUCGAGGAGUAGCCGUGCUGCCCCAGUCCUGGCCCCAGUCGCAGUCGCAGUCCCAGUUGCAGUCGCAGCCCCAGUCGCAGCCCCAGUCGCAGCUUCCCUCCCUCGUCCACGUCUAAGCUUGCAUGAAAUACAACACCGACACCAGAUGCAGAUACAGCAACUGCAUCAACAUCGUGCUCUUGUAGUGCCGGCACCUCCUUUGGAAUACUACGAGGAUGAGUUUGGCCAAGACAUGUACAUGGGGCAACUCAAAGCCCAGGAGUUACGGGAACGACCACCACGCCAUAGGAUGGUGCGUGAUGAAUCUCCUUUGCCUAUGGUAAAUUCCAGGUCCGCCUCACCGGCAGAGAGAAAGGCUGCCAGGGAGGUGAAAGGAAGAACAAAGAAGAAAAAGCUUGCCGCAGGCUUGCCAAGAAAACCGAAGAGCUAG